AUGGAUGACGAGUUCAACAUGAGAACAAUAAAAAUCGGUAAUGACGAUCCAAAUGAGCAAUCAAAAACAAUAGGCAUGUCAGCUCAAGGAUGCAAAAGCUAUGUGUUCCAUGCAGACGAAAACACAUCUAUAAGAUUGAUCGAUACUCCUGGAACCGGUGACACUAGAGAAAUCGUCCAAGACAAGAAAAAUUUUGAAAGCAUUCUAAAAUAUAUUGGCCAACACAAGCACCUGAAUGGAAUCUAUUUCCUUCUCAAACCUAAUAACGCACGAUUGAAUGUAGUGUUUAGGUUUUGCAUACAAGAAUUAUUGUCACAUCUUCACAGGAAUGCCAAGGAUAAUGUUUCCUUCUGCUUUACCAAUACUAGAUCAACAUUUUAUCAUCCAGGAAAUACAAUAAACCCACUUAAAAAACAAUUCUCCGAUCUCAAGGAAAGAUCUAAGGUUGAAAUAAAAAUCAACAAAGAUACAUCAUACUGUUUUGAUAACAAGUCAGUUCGAUUUCUAACAGCAAUCAAAAACGGAAUAACCUUUACAGAAGAAAACCAAAUAAGUUUCGCAAAGAGCUGGGAAAGAUCGGUGGGAGAAUCAUUAAGACUCCUCAAGCAUCUUGUGACGCGUACACCUUACAAAGUAAAAGAUACUUUAUCGCUUAACGACGCGAGAAAUAUCGUGAUACUUCUUUCUAAACCUCUUGCAGAGAUGGGACAACUCAUCCAGAUGAACAUUAGUAAGAUCCAAGACCAACAAAAGGAGAUCGCAAACUCUACUCAAACCAUAGGGCAGCUUGAAGAUAGGCUAUAUAUUGAACAGAUUGAUCUUGAACCAAUGCAGCUAGGAUAUCCUCGAACCGUAUGUACCAGCCAUAAUUGUGUCAAAGUCCUAUCCAUUGGAUCGAGAAAAAAGAUAAACUAUAAAACGAAUUGUCAUGAAAGGUGUUACUUAUCAGGUGUUGCAUGUGACAUGGUUAACAAUGCAGCCUUGCAGACUUGCUCUGCCAUAACGAAUGGAAUUUGUCAAAAGUGCCUCUGUAAUUGGACCAAGCAUAUACACAUUACCUAUGAAAACAAACACGUAACUGUAAGAGUCAUCGAUCAGAAUGUUGAAAAGGAGAUCAAGAAAAAACGGUCUUUUCGAGAGACAAAGAAAGCGGUUAUAUCAACUUAUCAAAAGAGAAUCGACGACCUGAAAAAAGAACAACAAACAAUAGCCCAUAUUAAUGUUCGGUUUGCACAAUUCCUAAGACAAAGCGCAAUAGCUCCUUUUAAUGACGCAUAUGCUGACUACUUGGAUCAUUUCAUAACUGAAGAAAAUAUGAAGAAGAACGCUGACCCCAACAAUUAUGACAAUAGAAUUCUCGAAGGACUCAAAAGCACAAAAAAAGAAUAUAUGGAAAAAAUAAUGGUUAUAAAAAAAGCCAUCGAGAACGACGAUCCUUCUCUACAACCAAUCUCGCCAGAUGACAUAGCCAAUUUUGAGCAACAAUUGUACAAACUAUCAUUAAACGGCCAAACUCUGAAAAAAAUAAAAGAACAAGCGGAGUUCGGUCAAAAUAACAAAUUCGUAUAUGAAGAAAAACAUGUUAAACCGUCGCAACGAACGCAUGGAAGUCUUUUAUCGAGAAUAGUUUCACUUGCUUUCAAUUGA